AUGGCUCCCCGAGCUCGCCUUCCUCGUGCCAAGGGCAAAGCGCAGGGGCACAGAACUGGUUCUCAAAGCAGAACCCCAAUCAAGAAGUCCACGCCCAAACCUCAAGCUGGUACUCGAAGGAGUACAAGACUGGCAAACAAAACGUCAGUUUCUUCCGACUUACACCUCGCAACACCGGCACCGGUCUCUCAGCGGUCCCGUCUCAAGCGGAAGCGUCCUCAAGACCCCGAAUUUGAUGCCGACGGGACAGAAAGCGUUCGCCCUCUGAAACAGUCCCCAAGACUUCCUCCUCCUACGUACCAGCUCACUGCGGACAACUUGAGGAUACUCAAUGCAGAUAUGGGCUCCUCAACCAACGACCGCUUGACUCUGAAACGGACCUUGUCCCGGCGUUCGAUGACUGCAUCAGAAACAGAGACAGACAAAUCUCAGCCUUCGGCUAAAACUACCACCUUCUACAGAUAUCAGCGCCUUGCGGCUGUUGGUCUCCGUAUACAUACCGACAUACCCGACGACAUCCAAGCCGCUGUCGAUAAAAUUGUCGGAACCGAAGUCUCGGAAGAUCGUAUCGCUGGGCUUGGCAACAUUACGAAGAAAUUCCACCAGGACUGUAAAGAAAAGAUCCGGGGCGGACGCAGCGAAGCCGACUUCGUUGGAAUUCUCCGCACUGCACUCAUAUCCAUGAAGCCCGGCAACAUUGAAUUGCAUGAGAUGGCCGAUUGGCGAGAGGACCUGAAGCCGACUAUCCAGCGGCCGAACAUGAACUGGAGCUUCGUGGAAAAAAUUGUCCGCCAACAGGAUGAGGUUAACAACCCUUCGGCACUUCCAACACCGAAAAGCCAACAGCAGUCUGGCCAGAUGGGCACCGUUCCCCAGCCUUCAAUGCUUGGCGCAUCAAAUUCUGCGUCCGGUGACCGGCCAGCUCAAUUCGAUAUGAUGCCUCCACCUGCUCCGAGCCUCGUUAAGACACCACGUCCCGAUAUCUCGAUAGGCAUACAACAAUUCGCUCUCAUCCCGGCCCUCUCCGCCAUUUUAACACGAGAUCUUACCGAUACGGAGUUCGAGCGAUUCCUUCAAGCCUUUGAGAACAUCACAAUCCCGGGCGAGCGAGGCGAGAGCCCAGAACCGCUUCUCAUUGCCGUGCCAACGCAAACAAGUUCAACCCUUAUGUUUCCGUUUGCUGUGGCUGAAGCCAAGGCUUACUCGACCGGCAGACAGGUCUUCGAGGCGCAAAAUCAGGCCGCAGUCUCCGGGGCUUGCGGGCUGAAAAUGCAACUGUUGCUGAAUGAGCUGGUCAAACGCUCCACGAGCGGUCAGAUUGAUGGUCCACAUCCCCAGUCAAAUGGUUCACCUCCGCUUUUCUUCUCUAUCUGUACCGAAGGGCCCUACCACGAGCUCUGGGUCCACUAUACCCAUAUGAAAAACAAUAUACGUGAGUUCAACAUGGCGCUUUUGAAGAUUUGCAAUGGGAUGUUAUUGGAGAGCGUAGGGGACUUUAUCGCCGCAGUUGACGAUGUGAUGCGAUGGGGGAAUGGCAAGUUUUUCGACUCGGUGGUGGAGCGUCUCGGAAUAGUAGCAAGAGGAGCAGGCCUGUAA